AUGACUUUAAUCAGUGGAAUUUGUAGUCUUCUAGCAUUAAGCUUAUUAUCGCCUGUACAAAGUAUUGUUGCGUUAAUAGCUUUAUUUGUUAGUGUGGCAAUUAGCUUAUAUUCGAGCGGAUAUAUUCUUAUGGGGAUACUAUAUAUCUUAAUAUAUGUAGGAGCUAUUGCUAUUUUAUUCUUAUUCAUUCUAUCUUUAUUAAAUAUUGAAUAUAGUUAUAAAGGAACUUUUAAUAAAAAAAUAGUUUAUGUUUUAUUAAUAUGUUUAAUACCUUUAGAUUUAUUAUAUGAAACAUUUGAUACAGUAGAAAAUAUAAAUUUUGACAUUGUUGAAAAUAUAAAUGGUAUAUACUCUACAAGUUCUUUACAGAAUUGAGAUUUAGAGUUAAGUACAGUAGGUACUGUAUUCUAUACAGAAUAUGCUAUACCUCUAAUAAUUAUAUCUUUAAUUUUAGUAUUAUCUGUUAUAGGGGCGAUUGCAAUAACUAAAUAA